CCUGCCCAAGCAAUGGAUCCCUCAUACGACACCGCCCUACCCCCCAUUCAGUCGCAAAACAUGUCCCUCAGCCGUCGUCGACCUGGAUACCGACCCGACUCAACAGCGAUUAUUGGAAACUUCCGCGGGAUGCAACAACCAGGGGCGCCUUUUCAGACCACACACGACCCGGUAUCGAACAUGAUUGCCAGAGGGCCCGGAAUGCAUCGUCGGAGCGAGAGUACAUUGAGAACGGUUAUGCGAAAGAUAUUCCAUCGCAAGAGGCGCAAUCAGACGGACGAAUUGGAGGGGGGUCCUGCCAUGGAAUCCUACAGUCCUCGUCCUAGUAAUUCGCUACCGCGGAAAUCCGAAAGUCACAGUCGCAAAGACGCGCAGCCUACCUCUCUUGGAACGAAAAAUAGCCCGCUGCAGAAGGACCUUCGUCCUACUUUGAUGGACCUGAACAAAUUGGACCCCUUGCCGGUACACCGACGACGAAAUACCCUCCCCAGUCUAGUGUUUUCUGAAGAGGACUGUCAUGAAAAAGGAAACAGUGGCCCUGAGACAGGAAAAGAACCGGAAAACCUGCGAGUGCGCCGUGCUUUGCGCAACAAGCGACGCUCACGGAGCACCAAUUCCCUCCGCAGAAAGGCUAACGAACACCGCAUGUCUCCGAUUCAAUGGACGCGGCGCAGUACGGAAAUCACAUACCUAGGCUCGCCUGCGUUUGGAGCAGUUUCUGACAGCGAGCUCUCCUUCAGACCUCCUACGCGGAACACGGUUGCCAGUCUGUUCAAGCCAGAUGAGCCUUGUGAUGCACCCGAAGUUAAUGAUGCAGAGCAACAAACUGAGGUCGAAAGUGUGCCACCAAGUGUUGGCAAUCUAGUACACACGAUGCAAAACCACGACAACCUGACUAUCGAACAACGCGUGACAACCCUGGAGGUUAAACUCAUCGAUCUGGAAUUCGCCAUUGCGCGCAUACAAGACAAACGAUGCGACUCCUCGCCAACAGCCAAAUCCGCAUCCAAGAAACCAUUAGCGCCAGACGGACGACCAGCACCAUUAUUCUCCCCUGCAACCGGCUCGAGCAACUCGCCCAGAAUCUCAGAAGACCGCCCCGUCAGCACCGGCACCGUCCGCCCUAACCUCCACCGAUCCCGCACAUACCAACCACCCUCCUCCCCACCACACCUCGACGGCGCAUCCAGCAUCUCCAUCGAACAAUACAGCACCCUAGUCACCCUCCUCCGCAGAGAACAAUCCGCCCGCAGAUCCCUCGAGGGCCAGGUCUCCACUCUCCGCGACGACGUCCAACAACUCCAGAAAAUGGCCCGCGACUCAAUGGCCAUGAGCGUGGGC